UGGUCUCUCUAUAUAUUUGGGUUCAACACUUUUUCCAAAGCACAUACAUAUCCAUACAUGGAAAAUCAAAUGGAUGGUAGCAUUGACAUGAGAGUAGAUGCAAUAUUAAGUUAUAGUUGGAGAGUGGACAGUGCCAUAAGGAGUGAGACUGCUUCAAUUUUGGGAGCAUCACCUCUCCAUACUUUUUCUUCGUUAGUGGACAGUGCCAUAAGGAGUAGGACUCCAUCAAUAUCAAUUUCAAAUUGGGGAGCAUCCCCUCUCCAUACUUUUGCUUCCGCAGUAGACAAUGCUGCUCCACGAUUAUUCACCCUGCCUGAGAUUCAAGCAGCCACCAACAAUUUCUCACGUAACAAGAAGAUUAGUGACGCUGGAAGCUUUGGUGUUGUGUACAGAGCAAAACUUGUUGAUGGUCGUGAGGUUGCAGUCAAGAGGGGUAAUGCCCGGUCAAACAUAAAGGGUCCAUUUAAGUCUGAAUUGGCCUUCUUGUCCCGUCUGCACCACAAGCACUUGGUUGGGCUAGUUGGGUUCUGUGAAGGGGAUUAUGAGAGGCUGAUCUUGGUUUAUGAGUACAUGAAGAACAGGUCCUUGUAUUAUCAUUUGCAUCGCAAGUAUAGCAGCGUGUUGAAUUCGUGGAAAAAGAGGAUCAAAAUUGCUUUAGAUGCUUCCCGGGGAAUAGAAUAUCUUCAUAAUAACCAUGUAGUUCCAUCUAUUAUUCAUGGACGUAUAAAGUCUGCCAACAUUCUUCUUGAUGCCACUUGGACGGCAAGAGUAUCUGAUUUUGAAUUGUCCUUCUGGUGUCCAGAAUCUGCCUGUGAUUACCGACCAAUGGAGGCAGCAGCAGCAAGAAGCGUUGGAUACAUCGAUCCUGAGUAUCAUGAUCCAAAUGUGUUGACACCAAAGAGUGAUGUGUAUGGGCUUGGAGUUGUACUGCUUGAACUUUUAACAGGAAAGAGAGCUAUAUUCAAGUCGGGGAAAGAUGGAGACAUCUCAUUAUUAAGUCUGGUGGAGGUUGCAGUGCCCGCUAUUUUGGCUCAAGAUUUGGUGAACAUUUUGGAUCCAAGGGUUAGACUGCCCAAUGUGAAUGAAGCAUUGGCAGUGGAGAUAGUGGCCUACACUGCUAUCCAUUGUGUCAGUUUGGAAGCCCAACAGAGACCGACAAUGGCCCACGUCGUGCUCAAUUUGGAGAGGGCUUUGACUAUAACUGAUUGUGAUAGUGAUAAUGACCCGAAUGAUAUCAAUCGCAUUAACAGCAGUGAAGAAGGAACUACUGAAGUUGGCCCAGUAACGGAGAUUUUGAGUAAUAAGAAUAAGGUUUUAGGUUCCAAAUUUAUUGCCACGUUUGUAAAAAAAAUAAAAAGAAAGCAACUAUAACGGUAUUUGAUGUUCCAUUUCCAGUAAGAAUAGCUGUUCUAGAGUAUAUUUUGGUUUACGUAAUAUAUAUUUUUACACAUGGCAUGACAGGUUAUGCGUGUGUAUUUGUGGAUAAGCAUACUGCUGUCAAUCUUCUUUUUGUCCGUGGAAACUUAGUAACUAAAGUGAUUAACUUUUAAUAUUAUUUAUGAACGAUUUGAAUUCCUUUAAA